UUGUCUGAAAUAAAGCAAAAAUGAGCAGAAGAAAAACCAGAAUUUGGAAAUAGUGUGACGUGUGGCUCUGCAAGAGAAGAUAUCGUGCCUUGUUCGAGAGUGUAAUAGCCUAGCAUAGAGUAAAAUCGAUGCUUGAUGCUGUCUGCAGCGCACAUCUUAUGGGGAAGUGCAUGUGCAAUAUUCAUAGUUCUACAUAAGCAAUAACAUAAAAAUGUCUAGUAGUAAAGGCAGUAACACGAAAUUUUAAACCGCGUAUGAUCAACGGAAAGCUACUUAACCAUUUCGAAUUGCCCAAGAUGCAGACAGACAGAUACCUAAAGCAAUAACAAAGUGCUCGAACCAAAAUAAAUACAUAUACAUAUGCAUAUGUACAUACAAAGCGAUAUGUAUUGCUGUUGAUUUUUUUUCGUUUAUUAGCCAUAUUCGUGUGUACUUUAAAAACUCUACUUCUGCUGAUUACACAAAAGAGAUCCUCAACGAAUACUUUAUCUCCAAUUCUCGAAUAUGUCCGACGGAGUGAGCAUCUUACACAUCAAGCAGGAGGUAGACACAUCCUCGGCCGGAGCAGCCUGCUACAGUCCCACCUCAAAGGCAACGACAGCGCAAAGCAACUCCUGCAACAGCAAUAGCGGAAUGAAGUCCUCCCCGUCCGUGUCACCAGAGCGUCAGCUGUGCAGCUCAACGACUUCCCUAUCCUGCGAUCUUCACAACGUUUCGCUGAGUAACGACGGCGACAGCAUCAAGGGCGGCGGAGCGGGCAGUGGCAACGGCGGCGGAGGAUCGGCUAUCAAUGCCAGUGCAAAUGCUGGAUCCGUUCGUGAUGAGCUGCGUCGCCUGUGCCUGGUGUGCGGGGAUGUGGCGUCUGGAUUCCACUAUGGUGUCGCCAGCUGCGAGGCCUGCAAGGCCUUCUUCAAGCGCACCAUUCAGGGUAACAUCGAGUACACGUGUCCAGCGAACAACGAGUGCGAGAUAAACAAGCGGCGACGGAAGGCUUGCCAGGCCUGUCGCUUCCAGAAGUGCCUUCUCAUGGGUAUGCUCAAGGAGGGCGUGCGUUUGGAUCGGGUGCGCGGAGGGCGGCAAAAGUAUCGACGGAAUCCCGUCUCGAACUCGUAUCAGACUAUGCAGCUGCUCUACCAGUCCAACACCACGUCGCUGUGUGAUGUAAAGAUACUUGAAGUGCUCAAUUCCUACGAGCCGGAUGCCCUGAGCGUGCAAACGCCAUCACAGCAGCCGCACACGACCAGUGGCUGCAAUGAUGAGGCCUCCUCCUCGUCGGGUAGCAUUAAGCUAGAGAGCAGUGGCGGCGGCGGCGGCGGUAGUAGCAGUGCGGGCGUCACGUCAAAUGGAACAUGCAUUUUCCAAAACAACAACAACGAUCCCAAUGAGAUACUCAGCGUGCUGAGCGAUAUCUACGACAAGGAGCUGGUCAGUGUGAUUGGCUGGGCCAAGCAGAUUCCUGGCUUUAUAGAGCUCCCCCUCAACGAUCAGAUGAAGCUGCUGCAGGUUUCGUGGGCGGAGAUUCUAACACUCCAACUGACGUUCCGAUCGUUGCCUUUCAAUGGAAAACUGUGCUUCGCUACCGACGUCUGGAUGGACGAGCUGUUGGCCAAAGAGUGCGGCUAUACGGAGUUCUACUAUCACUGCGUUCAGAUUGCCCAACGCAUGGAGAGGAUAUCGCCCCGUCGGGAGGAGUACUAUUUACUGAAGGCUCUUCUCCUGUCCAACUGUGACAUCUUGCUCGACGAUCAGAGUUCCCUGCGCGCCUUUCGCGACACCAUACUAAAUUCACUGAACGAUGUUGUCUACCUGCUUCGCCACUCCUCCGCGGUGUCCCAUCAACAGCAGCUGCUGCUCAUCCUGCCCUCGCUGCGGCAAGCAGACGAUAUUUUGCGACGCUUUUGGCGCGGCGUGGCACGCGAUGAGGUAAUUACGAUGAAGAAGCUGUUUCUGGAAAUGCUCGAACCGCUAGCCAGGUGAAAGAAACAAAAAUAGAAGUAGAAGUCUAGUUGAUCUAGUUGAUAAGUCUGGGUGCAAAUAUAGUCAUAAGAUUGGACGUACUCCUUGUAUACUAGUGUGCCUAGUGUGUGUUUAAGCCCUAGAGUAAGCAUUGUAAUUGUACAUACAAUAGUUAGUAAAGUACUUGUCCGGGUAUGAUUAGAUUGAAAAGAAAAA